UGCAACCUUCCGCUUGUGUGAAAACGAUGAAAAAUGUCAAAAUUCCUGAGGUUUGUUUACAAAUGCGAGUUUAUUGAUCCAUGGAUUCCAUGCAAAGAAAUGGACUCCAGUUGAAAGUAUACUUCUGAACAUGCUGAAUCUCCUACACCUUCCUGAAACCAAAUACUGAGGACAAAAAAGGAUGGAGGGCAUACUUGUGUGUGGACUUUGUAAAACCUCUUUUGGAAACAAAGAAGAAAUGUACAAACACAUCGUAACCCAUAUAUGUAUAAAACAGUGCAACAGAUGUGGAGAAUUCCUUCCUGAAGUAGCCUGUCCUUUACCUCACUCCUGCAGAAGCCAUGACCCAGUAGGAUUUUUGGCAGGUGCUUGUGUAGAAGGACCUCAGGGUAGACUUGACUCUGGAGAACUGUUGGCAGGACCUUCUGUAAGUGGAUGUCCAGGCAGACUUGAUCCUGGAGUUUUGUUGGCAGGUGCUUGUGUAGACGGACCUCGGGGUAGACUUGACUCUGGAGAACUGUUGGCAGGACCUUCUGUAAGUGGAUGUCCAGGCAGACUUGAUCCUGGAGUAUUGUUGGCAGGUGCUUGUGAAGACGGACCUCGGGGUAGACUUGAUUCUGGAGGAUUGCUGGUAUGUGCUUCAGUAGGAGAAUCUAUAUUUGAGGAUAAGAGGGAAAUACUGUCCAGUCAGAUUCCAGAAUUAACAGGAGUGAGUGACAAGAAUCUUGCAGAGCAUGGUCAGAUUCAUGUAGAGGCAAAUGGAAAUCAGGAUGGUUUAGAAGAAAAUGUGGAUCAGGAUUUGUUGGGGUAUAUGUUACCAGACUAUCGUGUGUGUGGUGAUUGGUGUGAUACAAAGACACAGAGAGAAGAAAGAUCUGACCAAACUGUUAUGGAUGAGGAAAAGGGUGAAGGGAAGAUUGAAGAGAGCAGGAUAAGAGACUGUGAGGUGGUUGACAAAAAUGGCAGGGAGAUGCUAAAGAAUUCUUUGCAGGAAGAUGUGAGUGAAAACUGGAAGGAUGGGGCUGGAAAACAAGAGAAUGAAGCAGCUGUGGAGGAGGAGGAGGAGGACCACCAUGGAAUAGACGAUGACUGGGCUUCUUCAGAUGUCUCAAGUUGUAGUGAAGGUGGAAAUGAGAAAGCCAUAGGACACAGAGAUAUAGAUCUGAAAUAUUGCAACAAAAAUGAUUCUGAGUCUGAUUCUGAAGAGACAGGAAGCCAUGGAAACGAAGAUGAGUCUGGAGAGGAAAAAGGUGAUGAUGCUAAAGAUGAGGAGGUUCUCAGGUGUCAAAUAUGUGAUAAGGAGUUUGAGAGUUCGAGAGCCCGUAAAGUACACCAAGCCACUCAUCCUGGCGGUUUCGUGUCAGACUGCGAAUUGUGCGGCAAACAUUUCAAGAAUGGGAGCAACUUGGCCAGGCAUAUGAGAAUGCAUCGUGGAGAAAAACCAUACAAGUGCAAAGUUUGUGGGAAGAAGUAUGCUGAUAGGAAAACUGUGAUCAUACAUGAACGAGUUCAUACUGGUGAGCGUCCCCAUAAGUGUGAGCAAUGUGGUAAAGACUUCAGUAAUCCUAAGAGUUACAGGUACCACAUCAGACAGCAUCUUGGUAAAAGGGUAAAGUGUGGAACUUGUGGAAAGACUUUCGCUUCUUCAGCCAACCUGAGUGUGCACUUGAGAACCCAUGGUGAUCAGCAGUUUCUGUGUGACAUAUGUGACAAGGGAUUCUACCAGUUGGGCAACCUUCGGAGGCAUCAGAAGACUCAUCAGCAAGAUGGAGAGUCUGACACAGAGAUGGUGAUGAAGAUUGACAUGCAAGCAGGGAACCUGACAAAAUCUACACACAUUCGGAGACGGGCUAGACUUCCUCGAGCAGCAGCUAAACGCCAUGUUCGUAAAACUGACGGGUUCGAUACAUAUGAUGAAAGUCAAACUGACAAGUCGCCUGAGUCACGUCAUAAACAGAAAAAGGCCAAAUCAAAAAUGAGGAAAGGUGUAGUAAAACAAGGAGAGUGUGUAUUGCAGUGUGACUUAUGUAGCCAGGUCUUUAGUGAUUACAGCAGCCUGAAGAACCAUAUUGAGCUCCAUGUGAGACCUUCAUCUUUGAGAACUCGCUCAUCCUUGAGAUCAGGGUCUGCCAGAGACAUAGGUUCCAGUCUCAAAUGUGACCUGUGUGGGAACUCCAUGUUGACCAUGGAUGAGCUAAGGAGGCACAUGUCAGGCCAUGUUGGGUCAACAAGGUUAGAAGAUGGGGAUGAAGAAGGUGCUGACUGCCUGGAUGAUGAUAUGAAAUACAAAACACAAGGGAUCCUUUUCAAAUGCUAUUUGUGUGAGAAGACUUUUAAGCAAAAACGUUUUCUGAAACGUCAUUUACUUACGCAUCGAGAAGGUAAAUGCCAGAUUGUUCCAUGUGGUGGAUGUGGGAAGGAUAUCCUUAGCAAAAGAUCUCAAAGACCAUAUGUAUGUGAUGAAUGUGACAGUGGCUCCCAGGAUGGGGAUUCUGAUACGAAGGUGGAGACAGGGAAUAUUGAUAAAGAAACUGAUGAUACCAAGGGAAGUAAUUCAGACAGUGGCAUCAAUGUUAAUGGACCUCUUAGUGACGACAGCUCAAAGUCAGAUCAGAAUAAUUCUAGUACAGAUAAACAAUUAUUUUAUAAAGAAAAUAGCAAAAGAAAAUACAAAAAAGCUCCCAAAAAUAAAGUCUGUGAGAUCUGUGGUAAAGCCUAUAGUUCUGCAAAACGGCUGAAGUUGCAUCGACAAGAACAUGACACACCUCCUGAGCCAACAUUUACAUGCGAGAUGUGUGGCAAGUCAUUCAAUCGACUCAGUGGUUUGACACGCCACAAGAAGUCUCAUGUUGCACCGAAGCUUUUUCCAUGUCAAUACUGCCAAAAGAUCUUUGGCUGCAAGUCCAAGUUGGAAAUUCAUACCAGGACACACACUGGUGAGCGCCCCUACAAAUGUAUGGACUGUGACAAGACAUUCGCUGCCAAGUCUGGGUACCAUCAGCACCGCCAGUUGCACCAGCUCGGAAAAGUUCGAUGUCAGGUGUGUUCUAAGAUUCUUGCCAAUCAGUCUUACCUGAAACGUCACAUGCGUAUUCACACCCAAGAGAAGCCAUACAGGUGUAAGAUAUGUGGUGAAGCCUUCUACAUGUAUGGGACAUUCCGCAAUCAUCGCCUUGCCCAUCAAGGCAUACCUCCCAAAGUCUACACCAAAAAGCAACCAGCGACAUGCGAGGUGUGUGGGAAGUAUUUUCUAAGUAAGUAUUACCUAAUUUCUCACAUGCGUCUCCACACAGGCGAGAAGCCAUUCACCUGUGAGAUCUGUGGCAGAGGUUUUGUCCAAGGUCAUGGGCUCAGACGUCAUCUUCAGUUCCAUGAGAAGGAAAAGUCUCGUCCGGAGAAGAAAUUUCAGUGUCAAGUGUGCCGCAACUUCUACCCUGACCUGAAGAACCUCCAGCGGCACAUGAUAUACCACAACAGGGAGAGGAACUGCAGGUGCCAGCUUUGUGACAAGGCUUACAUCAGACCCAGUCACCUAAAGAGGCAUAUGAUAGACACUCACAAGAUGAACCCGAAGACUAUGCAGAAGCCUCAGACUCUUCCCCAGCCUUGUGAACUUGCUCCUCCCCUUAUACAACCUCCAACUCUUCCACAGGCCCUUCCUUCUUCUCUUUGUCAUCCCUCAGCUCCACCUACCCUGUCUACAUCUGUCUCUGCUCCUCCUCAAGCUACUCCUCAUGUUCCUCUUCAAGCUCCUCCACUUGUUCCUCCAACAGGUCUUGGUUGUGCUGCACCUCCUCAUCCACCUCAGGAGCAGUAUCAACAGGCUGCAGACAAUCUGCAGAUUCAUACUUUAGCUCCGGCCAUGUUUAACUACUAUUGAGGCUGCCUAUAUUUUGUUAUCAAAGGUGGGGCGGUCGGGUAGCCUUGUGGUUAAAGCGUUCGCCGAAGACCCGGGUUCGAUUCCCGACAUGGGUACAAUGUGUGAAGCCCAUUUCUGGUGUCCCCCGCCGUGAUAUUGCUGGAAUAUUGCUAAAAGCGGCAUAAAACCAUACUCACUCACUCACUCAAUGUUAUCAAAGGUGAUCAAAGCAAUGAAAGUAAACUUCAUAAAGAUGUUCACUGAUCUAUGUCAAAAGCAUUUAAUUCAUUUCUUCAAAUUGAAGCAGCAAACUGAUAAAAUAUCCUGGCUCUAAAAAACAUCCCAGGCCUCCCCAAGGAUAUUUAGUGGUCACUCAUCAAGGGAUAGUUGUCUUGGAACAUUGUGAUAAGCUCUUCUUCAAAUGUACUUGUAACACUCGACCCAUGAAGAUCCAGGUUAGAAAAGGCCUUCAGCAACCAAUGCUUGCUAUAAAAGACUAUCCUGUCUUAAGAAUAACUAACGGGGUCGGGUGGUCAGGCUGGCUGACUUGGUUGAUGCAUAUCAUUGUAUCACAUUUGCGUAGAUCGAUGCUCAUGAUAUCAGUCACUGGAUUGUCUGGUCCAGACUUGUUUAUUUACAGACCGCUGUCAUAUAGCUGGAAAUAGUGCUUAGUGCAGUUUUAAACAACAAACAAACAACUUAUAUCACUCAGAAAAAACACAAGACAUAAGACACUUGUUAAUUGUUAACCUAUGUGGUUCCAAAGUGCAAUAUUUACUGGCGAUACUGGCAAUAAUAAUACUUAAGUGGAGAAAACUACAUGAAAUGUACUUUACCGUGUUUCUUUGUUCUCAUGCUGUGGGUAGGUCAGGUUCUGACAAUACAUGUUCCACAUUUCAAUAUUGUUGUGAAGAAUGUCAUGGUGCAGCUUCAGUAUAGAAUCCUCAGAGGCUACUGUCAUAUAAUCACUUGUUUUACAUCACUGUUGUGUCAGGACACAAAGAAAAUCUAUAAUUUGCCUAGAAAAUGUGUUGUUGUUUUCACUUUUAGUGAAGGUUUGGGAUAUUAUGAAAAGUCAAAGGGUUGUUUGUUUUCACUUCCAUCAGUGACUAAUUUGGAAGUUUCUUUUAUUAUUCUACUAUUAUUCACAUGUGAAAGCACCUAAGUAUUGCAUGAUCUUUAUGAGUUAGUGUUGAAGAUAGGUUAUGUGUCACAUUUUGCCUCUAUCUUGCUUUAUAUCAUUGUGAUGAUGUUACAUGUUUUUUUACCCCUGUGAUAAUUUGUACAGCUAACACUUGUAUCCUUUAUGCUUAGUUUUGCCAGUAAAUCAGUUGUUUGAAAAUUUUCAUGAUACUGGUAAUAGGUUAGAUUCGGGAUGUGCCAAUUGAUAAUGACAUUUAUUUAUCCAGUUAGGAAUGAUUAUUUAUUACCUCCCUUUGACCAAAGGCGUAUGUCACUUAUAUGAAGCUACAAUAUUUUUUACUCCUCAAAAUAGUAAACAAAUGACAUGAUAGACUUCUGAGGGACUGUCAGGUAGCCUAGUGGUUCAGGUGUUUGCCCAUCAGAUGACUGAGGUUCGAUUCUACUGUACCAUUUUUGGUAUGCCUGUUGCAAUAUUGAUAAACGUGACAAAGGGCAUCUUCCUGAGGCAAGUGAGUUAUCUGACUAUAAAUGUUCAGUUUCCACCCUUGCCGAACUAGGCUGGUAUUAUGGAGUUACAUAUUGGCUGGACUAACAAGUCUAUGCAUAGUCCAAUCACAA